AUGGAUCUUCCCCAGAUGCUCAUGAAUGCUCGCAACAAUCCCGACUUUGUCAACUACCUCACCUACAUUUUCAGCACACCCCAAGUCGCCCAACAGCUUGAUUUGAAUGCUCCGAGCCUGUUUCUUGUGCGUUAUGCUGCCGCUAUCAACCUCAAAAAUCACGUCAAACUCUUCCACAAGUCCAUCCCCAAAGAUCAACUGGAAUACCUCAAAGCUGCCACUUUGAACGUCCUGCAAGACCCCAACCCACAAUUGCGAAGUUUCUCUGGCACAGUAAUCACCGAGAUUGUCCAACAGGGCGGUCUGCUACAGUGGCCAGAGAUCUUACAGAAUCUUCUGUCUAUCGUCAGCAACGCCGCUGGAAAUGUGCCACCCGAGACUCAAGAGGGCGCCAUGUCGGCUUUGGCCAAGGUCUGUGAAGACAACAGAAAGCUUCUCGACAAAGAUUUCCAGGGUCAGAGACCGAUGGAGGUCAUUGUACCCAAGCUACUGGAAUAUGCCGGUCACCAAAACCCCAAGAUCAGGGUCUUGGCCUUGAGUACCCUGAAGAGUUUCAUUCCUCAAAAGUCUCAGGUCUUAUUCGGCGCCUUGGAUGUCUACCUUCAAACAAUCUUUCAAUUGGCUGCUGACGAAGACACUCAAGUCAGAAGGAUUGUAUGUCAGUCGCUCGUCCAACUCGUUGAUUCGAGACCCGAUAUGCUCGUACCUCACAUCAACGGUUUGGUCAACUAUAUUUUGACCCAACAGCAGACAGUCGGCGCCCCUGAUCUUGCACUUGAUGCCGCCGAAUUCUGGCUCAGUGUGGGUGAAGAAGAGCAACUGAGAAAUUUGAUGGGUCCUUACCUCCAGCAAAUCAUCCCUGUUCUACUGGCUGGAAUGGUCUACGGAGAAGAUGAGGUCUUCAGACUCGGUGGAGAUGAAAAUGAUGCCGAUGUCGAAGAUCGUGCUGAAGACAUCAAGCCCAAAUUUGCCCAGACCAAAGCCGGUAGAGGCGUGGUAUCAGAGAAGGAAGAGGGUACUGACAGCCCUCAGCCAAAUGGCACCCCUACCAAGAAAGCCGAUCUGAGUGAUGGCGAAAUCGAAGGCUCAGAUGAAGAGGACGAUGACGAAUGGGAUGAGGAGGAUCCAGAAAAUGCCUGGAGUCUACGAAAGUGCUCAGCAGCUGCACUUGAUGUCUUUGCGGUUAACUACCACGCUGCGGUCUUCGACAUCAUUCUCCCAUACCUCAAAUCUAAUCUUGACCACACUUUAUGGCCCAAGCGAGAGGCUGCAGUGCUGGCCUUGGGCGCAAUUGCAGACGGUUGUAUGGAAGUGGUCGCACCGCAUCUACCGGAGUUGGUACCUUUCUUGAUCUCCAGAUUGAACGACGAAGAACCCGUCGUCCGACAGAUCACUUGUUGGUGCCUUGCGCGCUAUUCAGAGUGGGCAGCAAACUUGGAGUCCCCGGCUGACAAGCAACGAUACUUUGAGCCCAUGAUGGAAGGUCUUCUACAACGCAUGCUUGACCAGAAUAAGAAAGUACAGGAGGCAGGUGCUUCCUCAUUUGCCAGUCUUGAGGAGAAGUCUGGCGACAAACUCAAACCUUACAUCACACCUAUUCUCCAGCAAUUCACCGAAUGCUUCAAGCGUUAUAAGGACAAGAAUAUGUACAUCUUGUACGACUGUCUCCAGACCCUCGCAGACAAUGUCGGUGCCGAGAUUGCUAAGCCGGAGCUCGUGGAUCUUCUUAUGCCUGUGUUGAUUCAGCGCUGGAAUAAAAUUCAAGACGACUCAAGGGAAAUGUUUCCUCUGCUUGGAUGUCUGGGCUAUAUCGCCAUGGCUUAUGGUGAGGUCUUUGCACAGUUUGCCCCACCCAUCUUCGACCGCUGCAUCAAGGUGGUCUAUGCAAACCUACAACAACAUAUGGCAUUUGUCAGUGGAGUCAGUGUUGACGCGCCGGAUAAGGACUUCAUUGUGACCGGACUCGACCUCAUCUCCGCCAUCAUUCAAGCCAUCAAUCCCACCAAAUCUGGACAAUUAGUCCAGAAUUCUCAACCUCAAUUUUUUGAUCUUCUCUCCUUCUGUAUGGAAGACAGCACUACCGAUGUUCGCCAGUCUGCUUAUGCUGUACUGGGUGACUGUGCAAUCGCUCUCUACGCCACUUUGGAUCAAUACCUCCCCAAGCUUCUACCAAUUUUAAUUCGGCAACUCGAUCUGGACACCAUGCCAGACGACGAUUCUGACAAUCACUUCAAUGUUCUAGCUAACGUCUGUUGGAGUCUGGGCGAGAUAGCAGCACGGGCCCCGACUUCGCGGCUCGAAAACUUUGCAGGACCAAUUGCCAAAGCUCUUUUGACCAUUGUCAACAACGAAGAAGUGCCAGACCCAGCAUCAGAAAACGCAGCCACAGCACUUGGUCGUCUAGGACUAGCAUGCCCCGCUCAACUGGCACCUUUCCUUCCAGAGUUCGCCGAACCGUUCCUGGGCUCCAUGUCUAAAAUCGCCAGCUCUCACGAAAAAGCCUCCGCGUUCAUGGGCAUGAACAACAUCAUCGAGCGAAAUCCCCAAGCGAUGGAGCGAAGUCUUCCGGCAUACUUUGGUGCCAUUGCCCAGUUCCCUCAAAAGGGCAAGGCUGGUCAGGAGUACAGUGAGGUUCGCGCCAGUUUCGCUCGAGUCAUCCAAGGCUAUCAGAGCCUGAUCGGUGCAGACGGGUUCAAUACUUUUGUUUCUGGUUUGAGCCCACCGGUUAGAGCUAAAUUGCGAGAUGGAUUUGGCGUUGGGUCUUAG